GAAGGGUGGGCUGGGUUAGACGGCCCGCUUAAAGACGCUCGCUCCGGCUCCCGUGCAUUUCCCCAGCAGACCGGCCGGGAUGCUCGCAGCGCAGCGCUGAGCUUUUUUCAGAGAGAAGCCAUGGACGACGGCGCGGGCGGGGCGUCUGCGGUCAGUGCCGCUGCUGCCGAUGCUGGUGCUGGUGAUGAUGCUGAUGCUGCCGGUCCCGGGACUCUCUGGGGCUCUGACAGCCAGCUGGACGCCGGGAGAAUAUCCGAACACCGCGGCGGACGCGCUGAGGUUCCUCGGCGACUACAACGCCACUGCCGAGGAGGUGUUCUUCAACAGCAUGUCUGCCAGCUGGAACUACAACACCAACAUCACGGACCACAACGCCAAGCUGCUGGUAAACGCGUCGCUGGAGGAGCAGGCAUUCGGCUCAGCGUGGGGGGCGAAGGCCAAGGUCUUCACUGGCGAGAUCCUCGACGCUCUCCCCGACCCGUCAGACAGGAAACUCAUAGACAAGAUCAAAAUCCUGGGAGUCGCCAACCUGCCCCCGAAAGAAAGGGAGGAGUAUAACACAAUUCUCAGCAUCAUGGACAAUAUUUAUUCAACGGCCAAGGUGCAUCCAGCACCGAACAUCAGCUGGAGUCUGGAACCAGAUCUCACAGAAAUUAUGGCCAGCUCCAGCAGCUACAAGAGGCUGCUGUACGUGUGGGAGGCCUGGCACAAUGCAUCAGGUGUACCUCUCAGGGAGCACUACCCCAGGUUCGUGGAGCUCAGCAACAAUGCCUCUGAAGCCGACGGGUUUCACGACACCGGAGCUUACUGGCGUUCUUCGUACGAGUCUGCGACCUUUGAGCAGGACAUAGAGGAGCUCUACAGGACCAUCGAACCCCUCUACCAGAACCUGCACGCCUUCGUGCGCCGCAAGCUGUACGAGCAGUACGGUCCCAAGUACAUCAACCUUAAGGGACCCAUCCCUGCUCACCUGCUAGGAAAUAUGUGGGCCCAGACCUGGAACAACAUUUAUGGGAUGAUGAUCCCAUUUCCUGAUAAACCCAACCUGGAUGUGACUGAUGAGAUGGUCAACCAAGGCUACAACGCCACGCGCAUGUUCCGUGUGGCCGAGGAGUUCUUCACCUCUCUGAACUUGGAGGAGAUGCCUCAGGAGUUCUGGGACCGGUCUAUGCUGGUGAAGCCCGAAGGUCGUGAAGUGGUGUGCCAUGCGUCCGCCUGGGACUUUUACAACCGCAGAGACUUCAGGAUCAAGCAGUGCACCACCGUCACGAUGGAGCAGCUCUUUACCGUGCACCACGAGAUGGGGCACAUCCAAUAUUACCUGCAGUACAAGGACCAGCCGGUGGGCUACCGCAGCGGAGCCAACCCCGGCUUCCACGAGGCCAUCGGCGACGUGUUGUCUCUCUCCGUUUCCACCCCCCAACAUCUGAAAAACAUUAGUCUUCUGGAAACCGUGACCACUGACCCCGAAACUGAUACCAACUAUCUUUUAAAGAUGGCCCUGGAGAAGAUAGCCUUCCUUCCUUUUGGCUACCUCAUCGACCAGUGGAGAUGGGGUGUGUUCAGUGGGAAAACACCACCAGACCGGUACAACGCCGACUGGUGGUACCUCAGGACAAAGUAUCAAGGCAUCUGCCCGCCCACCAAGCGCACAGAGGAGCACUUUGAUCCUGGCGCCAAGUACCACAUUCCUGGAAACACACCAUACAUCAGGUAUUUCGUCAGCUUCAUCCUGCAGUUCCAGCUUCACGAAAAACUGUGUGCGGCAGCCAAACACACGGGUCCCUUGCACACGUGUGACAUCUACCGCUCUGCAGAAGCUGGGGCCAUUUUAAAGAAGAUUCUCCAGGCCGGCUCUUCUAAAUCUUGGCCCGAGGUGCUCCAGGAGGCCAUAGGGACCCGAAAGCUGGAUGCCACCUCGCUGAUGAAAUACUUUGACCCCGUUAUUCAGUGGCUGCAAGAGCAAAAUGUGAAUGAGACAUUGGGAUGGCCUGACUUUAACUGGGUUCCACCCAUACCCGAGGGCUACCCUGAGGAUAUUGACAAGAACACGGAUGAGCUCGACGCAAAGAAGUUUCUGGAUGAGUACAACAGCACAGCUGAGGUGGUGUGGAACGCCUACACCGAGGCCUCGUGGACGUACAACACGGACAUCAACGAAGCCAACAAGCAGGCGAUGCUUAAGAAGAACCUGGAGAUGUCGGCCCACACCCUGGAGUACGGCCAGAGGGCCCGUCAGUACGACACCACGGACUUCCAGGACGGCUCGGUCAAACGCGUCAUUCAAAAGCUCAGCGACAUUGAGAGGGCCGCGCUGCCCACCGCACAGCUGGAAGAGUACAACAAUCUUCUAUCCAACAUGGAGACCAAGUACAGUGUGGCCGAGGUGUGCAGAGAUGAUGGGAGAUGCCAUCCGUUGGAUCCGGAUCUUCAGAAGAUCAUGGCGGAGUCCAGGGAUUAUGACGAACUGCUGUUUGCGUGGAAAGGAUGGAGAGAUUCUGCCGGCAAAGUGCUUCGCCAGGAUUACAAGAGAUAUGUUGAACUGGCCAACAUGGCCGCCAAACUCAACGGUCACUCCGACAACGGGGCUUCCUGGCGCUCCCUGUAUGAAACCCCCAGCUUCGAGGAGGACCUGGAGGCUCUGUGGAAGGAGCUGGAGCCGCUCUAUCAGAAUGUGCACGCCUAUGUGCGCAGGGCCCUGUACAAAAAGUAUGGCUCCCAGCACAUCAACCUGAAGGGAGCCAUCCCGGCUCAUUUGCUGGGCAACAUGUGGGCCCAGACGUGGUCGGGCAUAAUGGAUUUGGUCAUGCCCUACCCGCAUGCCACGCAGGUGGACGCCACGCCCGCCAUGGUUUCACAGGGCUGGAACGCCACCAGAAUGUUCCAGGAAUCCGACAAUUUUUUCACCUCUCUGGGUCUUUUGCCAAUGCCCCAAGAGUUCUGGGACAAAUCCAUGCUAGAGAAGCCGUCUGGUGGACGCCAGGUGGUGUGCCACGCCUCCGCGUGGGACUUCUAUAACCGAAAAGACUUCAGGAUCAAACAGUGCACCGUGGUGACUAUGGACGACCUGAUCACGGCGCACCAUGAGAUGGGCCACAUUCAGUACUUCCUGCAGUACAAAGACCAGCCCGUGUCCUUCCGCGACGGAGCCAACCCCGGCUUCCACGAGGCCAUCGGCGACGUGUUGGCCCUGUCAGUGUCUACGCCCAAACACCUGCAGAGCAUCGGCCUGCUGGACAAAGUGGAGAGCAACCAUGAGAGCGAUAUCAACUUCCUGAUGAGCAUGGCGCUCGACAAGAUCGCCUUCUUACCUUUCGGCUACCUGAUGGAUCAGUGGAGAUGGAAGGUGUUCGAUGGGCGUAUCCCAUCGACUGAGUACAAUAAAGAAUGGUGGAACCUCAGAAUGAAGUACCAGGGCCUCUGUCCACCUGUAACCCGCACAGAGGAGGACUUCGACCCAGGUGCAAAGUUCCACAUCCCUGCUAACGUGCCAUACGUGAGGUACUUUGUCAGCUUCAUCAUCCAGUUCCAGUUCCACAAGGCUCUCUGUGAUGCCGCCAAGCACGACGGGCCCCUGCACACCUGCGACAUCUACAAGUCCGGAGAAGCCGGAAAGCUUCUGGGCGACGUGAUGAAGCUCGGCUUCAGUAAGCCGUGGCCCGAGGCGAUGACCAUGAUCACCGGCCAGCCCAGGAUGAGCGCCCAGCCUCUCAUGCAGUAUUUCCAGCCUCUCAUUCAGUGGUUGGAGGAGGAAAACAACAAGAACAACGAUGUUCGAGGGUGGCCCGACUACGACUGGAAACCUUCGACAGGAGAAGCUAAGUCUACCAAGGUGGACUUCCUGGGUCUCAGCGUUGAGGGGGCAUCUGCUAUCGCCGGCCAGUGGGUCCUGUUGGUCCUCGGGGUGGUCCUCUUGGUGGCCACCAUCCUCUUGGCCUACAAGUACAGGAGGUCAAAAAAGCCUGAGAAGUCCUUGUCCACCAUGGAGCUCAAGCAGAAGGACUAGUCAUCGGCGGCUAGCAGCGGCUAGCGGCGGCUAGCAGCUAAACCCGCCUCAUCAUGGACGUCAGUGUUUUUGUGCUGUGUUGUACAUCUGAUUUAAUCUGAUUUUUUUUUUGCUUCUGCUUCCUUAUCUAGUCUGGUAUAUUUGUUGCAUACGCUUAGACUCAAAUAAGAUUUUUGCCUAUGCAAAAGAACAUCACGAUUUUUUAUUUUAUUUAAUGUGUAAAUUGUUUUGAGAAUAAAAUGUUUUUAAUGGAUGUUUUUAAAGUUUCUGCAUUUUUUGAUUGUUCGAUUUUGUUGUUGAAUCUGCAUUUCUCUAAUAAAAACAUGAAAUAUUGA